AUGCCGGGUUAUGCUCCGCUCGCUCCAGCUAGCUCUCCAGUUGCAGAUAGUUUUCCUUUUGUCCAGGAUGGCCCAGAUGUUCAAGCCUCCUAUAGUUUUUAUCCCCUUGAGGUGUUGACCGGAAGUGAUCCAUUAGAGUUUAUCGUGUAUUACCCCUACCCUUGGAACCCUACUUCACCAGAGUAUUGGGACGAAUGGUCCAUGGUUAACACCACCUCUCGCUUCCUAGACCAUUUCACAUGGUUUGAAGGAGAGUGGCAUUUAGUUUGGGGCGAGUUCACAGAUGGUGGCCAUGAUGUUCUGUCAUUCUUGCACACUACAACGACUGCUAAACCACAUAUGUGCUCCGAGGUAGAAGAUAAUGUAGGAUCUAGUUGUGGUAACGACAGUAAUGAAGUUUCAAGACUAUCCGGGAGUAAGAGAUCAAGGGAAGAGAAAAAACGCAAGACUAUAAGCAUUCUACAAAUGGUCAUUCCUGGCGUAAAGGGGAAAGAUUCAAUGCUCAUAGAUGAAAACAUUCGAUGCUUGAGAUCCCUGAAAGCCGAAGCCCAGUCAUUGCGGCUUUGA